AUGAAAAUUUGGACAAUUUUACUUUUAUAUGUGGUAGAAACUGUUUCUUGUUUCCGCUUUUUCCAGCACAUCUGUGAAGGAAUUUGCGCCAUUCAACAGGAAGAAACAUUGAUAGCACAGUCGCCAGUACAGUGUGCAAGACAUUGCCUGAAAAAUGAAAGUUGUCGUCUAUUUCUAUACCACGAGGAAAAUCACAUAUGUCAUAUCAAUGGUGAACAUUGCUGCAGUGGAUGGAAUGCUUAUUAUAUCGGCAAUUCAGCGCCGCAAUUCAACUCGAGCUCGGUUUUAAAUAUCGCGACACCAGCAAAUAAGUUGAACCCAUACUACAGCCUUACAGAUUAUGGUAUCACGGGAACAGACCGAUCUUACUUGAAAGUGGAUAUCAAAGGAUGCAAGGAUGCCCAUAUAGGUUUAUCCAAAACUGAAAUGAACGCAAAUAAAAAAAUGGCGACGUAUGAAAUUGUGAUUGGUGGAUCAAAUAACACGUGGACUUACGUCAGGAAAAGCGGAGAACAUAAACGUGGUGGAAGUGGAGGUGUUGAUUGUGGUAAAUUCCUUCCUUUCUGGGUAACGUGGGAUAACGACGUCAUAAGAUUUGGGCGUGGUCACAUAUUAUAUGGAAAUGAAAUUCUCUCCUGGUCGGAUCCCGACUCUUCUUUGGAUAUUAAAUACUUAGGACUUGGAACUUGGAACUUUGAUAUUGAUUGGCAUAUCUAUCUAUCAUGA